AUGCCUUCCACAGCCAUGUGCAUGCGAACACUGAGGGCAUACUCCAAGUAUGGCUCCAACCACACAAUGGUCCUCGCAAGGGCCUUCUCUGCCACCUCGCGCCGCGCCGAGAUCAACAAGGUCUACCCUUCUGCGGCCGAAGCCUUAAAAGAUAUGAAGUCUGACACGACAGUACUAUGCGGUGGUUUCGGUCUUUGUGGUGUGCCAGAUACCCUCAUCAACGAGGUGCACAACAAGCCAGAAGUUACCGGCCUCACGGCCGUGUCCAACAAUGCCGGUACCGAUACCUCCGGACUCGGCAAGCUGCUCAAGACGAAACAGGUCAAGAAGAUGAUUGCAAGUUACAUUGGCGAGAACAAGACGUUUGAGAAGAUGUACCUGACUGGCGAGAUUGAGCUGGAACUCACCCCCCAGGGCACUCUGGCCGAGCGUUGCGCUGCUGGCGGAAAGGGUGUACCGGCUUUCUACACCCCGGCCGCUUUCGGCACCGUUGUGCAGACUGGUGAUCUGCCCCUCAAGAACAAGGCCGACGGCACGCCGGAUCAGUUCUCCUACCCCAAGGACGUCAAGGUCUUCAAGGGCAAGCCCUACCUGUUGGAGCACAGCAUUGACGGAGACUAUGCCUUUGUCAAGGCCUGGAAGGCCGACAAGCUCGGUAACUGCCAGUUCCGCUUGGCCGCCAACAACUUCAACGGCGCCAUGGGCCGAAACGCCAAGAUGACCAUUGUCGAGGCCGAGCAUAUUGUCGAGCCCGGUGAGAUUGCCCCCGAGGCCGUGCACCUGCCCGGCAUCUACGUCAAGCGCGUGAUCCAGAGCACCGCCGAGAAGAACAUUGAGAAGUUCACGUUCGCCAAGGAUGAGAACGACCCCGAGGCCAAGAAGGCUCUCGGUAGCGGCGAGACUGCCGCCAAGAGGGAGAGAAUCGUCCGCAGAGCCGCCAAGGAGUUCAAGAACGGCAUGUACGCCAACCUGGGUAUCGGUAUGCCCAUGCUGGCUCCUAGCUUUGUUGGCCCCGAGGUCGAGGUGCAGCUGCAGUCCGAGAACGGUAUCCUGGGUCUGGGACCUUACCCCAAGAAGGGUGACGAGGACGCUGAUCUGAUCAACGCCGGCAAGGAGACUGUUACCCUCAACCCUGGUGCCGCCGUGUUCGGUAGCGAGGAGAGUUUCGGCAUGAUCCGCAGCGGCCGCAUCAACCUGACCAUUCUGGGUGCCAUGCAAGUCAGCGCCAGUGGUGAUCUGGCCAACUGGAUGCUGCCCGGAAAGGUCAAGGGUUUCGGUGGUGCCAUGGACUUGGUCAGCAACCCCAGCGAGACCAAGGUCGUGGUCACCAUGGAGCACACGGACAAGAAGGGCAAUGCCAAGAUUGUCAAGCAGUGCGCAUUCCCCUUGACCGGACGUGCUUGUGUGUCGAGAAUCAUUACUGAACUGGGUGUCUUUGACGUUGACUUUGCCCACGGUCUCAAGUUGAUUGAGAUUGCCGACGGUGUGACUGUGGAGGAGAUCAAGAGCAAGACUGAGGCACCAUUCACCGUCGCUGAGGACCUCAAGCCGAUGCUGUAA